CAGACGAAGAGGCAAGGAUGAUGGGUUGAGCGACAGGCCUCGACUAGAACCGUCCACCUCUUGUCUUGUUCAAACCACGGUGUUCAUUCAAUCGACAGUGCACACACACACACACGCGUUAGUGGCGAUCGUAUUUUGUGAUGCAUAGCACCAGGCAGUUCAGUUAGGGAAAUAGUAGUUGGGUAGAUUUUCGUAAUGGACAACUCACCGACGGUGAUAGAGAACCAAGAAAAUACAGAUGGUGGUGAUGCUGAUGGUGGUGGCGGCGGUCAUGAUAAUAAUGGGACGCCAGGGACAAGCCAUGCUCCAACUGUUCGUCUCGAGGUGAAUGGACCAGAUGCCGGCACGGAGACUGGGAAUGGCGGAGACGGGACCGAUGCCGGUCGUGCGCACUGGCGAACAUUCUACAGGACGAACGGCUGCAAUUGGCCACCGCACGGAGCGCAGGUAUCCCUGUGGAUCCUAGUGCCCAUUCUGAGCCUGCUGCAUUUUGGUAUUUUGUUAGGUUAUCUACCAAGUCUGGGACUUCGAGUAGCAUUCUAUGUGGUAUCGGCAACUUUGUUCUUGCCGGCAAUCGCCUUCACUAUCCGCGCCACCGUGCUCAAUCCAAGCGACGCUCGUGUCAAGCAGAAGCAGCACAACAGGAGCUGGUCACCGCUGCCUGAGUACGACCGUGCCAGGCACGGGCGAGUCAUCCAGAAAGGGCACUGCGCCAUCUGUCGGUCGAAUGUGGCGCACGACUCCAAGCACUGCGGCGCAUGCAACAGAUGCACGGAACGCUUUGAUCAUCACUGUGUGUGGCUGAACAACUGUGUUGGCAUCGUCAAUUACAGGUCGUUUGUAAUGUCCAUUACGUUUGGUGCACUGUCGCUCCUGGUGCAGAGUGCUAUAUGCAUAUACAUUAUUGUUGUUUAUUCAACUGAGGGUCGACUGGAGUUCUUUGAAGAUGGUACAACCAUGUUCGGUUGCGAUGUACCACCAGGCGCCAUAUUUGGAGUUGCUGUAGGCGUCCUCGUCAUUUCCCUUAUCAGUAUUGCGUUCCUAGGCCAUCUCAUCGUCUACAAUAUUAUAACUGGUGUCCGCAGUAUAACAUAUUAUGACUACAUGCUGGAUAAGAGCAGGGACAAGGAGAGAGGAAUAAAACAGCCAUGCUGUGCAUGUGGGAAGAAAAGCAAGAUAGUUCCUAUCUCGAAUUCCACCGAAGCAAGACCUGAAGGAAGACCCGAAGGAAUGGAUAAAAAACGACCAACCAACCUAAGUGUCUGGAGUGCACAACAACCACAUGCACAGAGAACUGAGGCUACUGCUGAGCCAGCACCGGCCACAAGCGGCAAGAAACCGAGCAGGACGUCUAUCAUAGCCUGGCCUGAAGUAGAGAAUCAGAGAAGCCAUGACACAGCUGCUGAGUCAGGCCCAGCCGCAUUGCAAAACACCAACACAGAAGACGUCAGUGAGCCCAAGGAAAAUCGAGAUCGACUCCUGUUGCCCUCACACUCGGACUCAGUAUCACAGCUUUCCUUGAAAACAAUCGAAAAGCCAACGCCUGCUAACAAUGAUAGCACGCCAGCUGCAGCAGAAAACACAGUCGGAAAUGCGCCAGCUGCCCAAGACCAACAAGUUCAUUCCGAGGCGGUGAAGGCAGGGGCUACUGAAGGUGCACAGUCAACAGCUGCUUCUGAUCUUAGACCUCAAGUGAGAAGUGACAGUAUUGUGCAGCAUGUGUCUGUUGAGAUAGGCACACCUGGGGAACAUCAGUCCAACGAGAUUCCCGCUCACCUUCCAGGACAAGCUGUGCCUAUUUCCCCUCCCCUGGAGAGAGCAGCUGGUCUUCAACCAGCCCCUCUGCCUCAUCCACUUGAGAUUUCUCCAUCCCACACAGUGGUACAACCUCCUGUGACCAAACAAAUCGGGCAGCAUCCUGAACUCCCACGCAGCAGAGAUGGAGAUCAAAACAAUAGCGCUGCGACCAGUGGUGACAUCAGAGAGCCUCCCUCCUUGCCCAUUGCAGAACUGGAACAAUCCAGUAGUGCCACAGCUGAGGGCAAGCUACUUGAUGCCAAAACAACCGCACCAAAGAAAGAAUUGGAAAAGAUCCCGGAAACCGGAGCUGUAGGAAGCACAAGUCAAAAACCCCAAAACGCUGAUGGUAUCAAGGCAGAAGCGUCGGCAUCAGCAGCAGUUGCGGCAGCAGAAGGACUUGCGUCAAAGCCAGUGGUGAAGCUGGAGAAGAAGCUCUCCAAAAAGCCACCCUCUGCUGGCCCUCGCAAGCCACGGCGGGCAUCUAGAGAGCUUCCCCCACUGAAGGGUUUUGGCAGCAAACUUAGCAUGGGGCCGGUAAGUAGUGUCCCUGAUAUCAAGGUUGGCGAGCGGACCACCAAGCUCGCCAAGAUUGAAGAUGGUUCUGAUGGGGCUAGUUAGUUCCGACUUGUCACAAAAGCGAAUUUCACCAACGCAACACAUUGCGUCAGUGGAUCUGAUACCCAGCUAAGGACUUGCUUCCACACUAUAACAUUCCAUGUCAUAUGACUGUAGGGACAGAUGGCUACUGAGGACUAGUGCACUUGACGUAACAUGCAUUGUAUGCAGCCAUGUCCAGACUAGUCAUGCUUUUUGUCAAAAGUGAGAGAGACCGACUUGAACUUAGGAAUAUCUUUAGCUAUAGGUCGACAAAACUGAAUUAUACAGUCUACACAUCGACAACCUCUAGGUACCCUACUGUGCUGCGCUGUUCCAUGCCGAUGCACAUUGCCUGUGUUAUCCCGGUGCUGAUAAAGAGCUCAAUGAAUAUUAAUUUUUUAAUGUAAUACUGCAUGUACAGCGCUGCUCAAUGAAAUCCAGCCACUUCACUCAAGUGUGCGCCUUGCAUCAUUCCGCAGCCCAGUGUUUGCAGGUCUAUGGCUGGCGCAACACCCGGCGCGUACUUGAGUGACGCGACUGGAUUUCAUUGAGAAACACUGCACUAUCAGAGUUGGACAUGUAUCCCACUCCUGCAUGGACAGUUGAAUAUCCCGGGUACAAACUUCAUGUUUCUGCUGUUGCCAACACUUCUUAUACUGACACGACUUCUACUGGUAGCUGCCUAAAAUGAGUGUCUUGUGACUCCUCUGUGGCAGAAGAGUUGUAGUUUGUGAAGUACUUGCACCCAAGUGGCGUGUCCAUCUUCCAGCAACUGGAAGUCCAUACACAUGUCUCUACUGCAUACCUUCCAGUGGUGUUUUAGUCUACAUGAGCUACUACCAUACGCACACAUACACUCCCGAUGCUGCAGUAGCUGAUUGUGUUCAUUCAUACUGCCCAUUUCCCUUGCUCUGGGAAGGAAAGUGCCAAUAUAGUGUCUUAGUCAACUUGAUUUCUACUAUACCGGUAUGUCCGACCUUGCACCACCCCUUCAGCUGCUGCCAUUAAAGUAUUGUCCGUAGUGAAUGGUUAUAUUAUUUUCUUCUGAGAUAUAUACAAUGUUCCUGCCAGGCAGAUAUCGCCAUAAAUAUUUUCUUGAUCUCCCCACCAUCAUAGAAUUAUAAUAAUUAUUUUCUUAUAUGA